UAGAGGACACCACUAACGCUUCAUGACAACGGAAGUGAACACAGUUGGCAACGAUACGCUUGACUCUUUGAUCAUGUUUUAACAUUUAUGGCACCAAUCAUUGUCAACACAGGAUAAAUACAUAUAGAUGUCAGGAUGUCAUCUGCAGCUGUCAUGCCAAUCUUUUUACCUGACUCUCAGGGUGCACCUUUAACAGAGAGACCUUCUGUUAAAAACAGUGGAAACAGACUUAGAUCCGGGCGGAAUGGUCCUCCAUCUUCUCUCGGUUCUCCUAGCUCUGUUCAAUCUCCUAAUGCCAGUCUAUCUAGUAUAGAGAUAGAGGCUUUAAUGAGAGAGAAGGUGAGGACCAAACACCAAGACAUAAUGCAGGCCUUUAUGACCUAUGAUAUUGAAAACAAUGGGGGUGUAACAAAAGGAGAAUUUAGAAGGGUAUUAGAAUCCUUUUGUUUCCCCAUGACCACUGAACAGUACGAUGCGGUCGUGGCAAAGGUUGAAAAGAACUCUAAUAACACUGUGAAGUAUGGUGACUUCCUGAACAAGUUUUAUGGUCAACACAGACCUCCUACCUCACAGAGUAGGAUUGGUGGCUUUCAGAAGAUGAUGAUGCCACCUGCAUCAGCCAGAGAGAUCAAUGUUGACAUGAUAGAAAAGAUGCUUAGAGAUAAGAUAAGUGGUAAUGUGAAGCCAGUUAUAAAAGCCUUACAGUUAUUUGACUACAACAGGGAUGGAAAGAUCCAGAGACAUGAAAUGAGACGUGUGAUAGAAAACUAUUGCUUUAAACUGAAUGAUCAACAGUUUGAUAAACUGUGGCAGAGAUAUGAUUUUCACCACACUGGUAUGGUGAAUUACAAAGAAUUUUUACACAGAUUAGGAAUAGCUGUAGCCAAUCAAAUUAGACCAUUACCUGACAAUGCUAAAGGAGCCUUAGUAUGGCAACAGCAGGGACCACAACAGUCAGGAAAACACUUUAAACAGAGGAGAGAUGAUGAAAUGGCUUUACAGAAAAUGAACUUUAAUCAGAUAGAACUGGAAUUCAGAAAUAGGAUGAGAGUCAAUCAUUUGAAUCUGAAGAAAAUAUUUUUAUCAUUUGACCGACAUUUAGAUGGUUUUAUUAACUUGGAUGAUUUGAAGUCGAUUCUGAUCCAGUUCACAAUACCUAUGUCUGAUCAGUUGUUCACACAGCUCAUGGAAAGAUGUGGUGUGAGAGGAAGCACCAAGAUAUCAUGGGAAUCGUUUCUAGAUAAGUUCCAAGAUGCACAAUCCAAUGGGAAUGGACAAACACUGCCAAUUAAACCUGCCCACAGAUUUAACCCAAUUCGAGAAGGUAUGAAGACUAUAGAAGUAGAAGAUAUUUGGAAGCUGUUGUACAAACAUGUACAGAACCAUUAUCCAUCAUUGAAACAGGCUUUCCUGGAAAUUGAUGCUACCAGGAAGGGAAGAAUUACCAGGAAAGAGCUGAGGAAUAUUAUAGAGAAAUUUACAUUCCGUCUGGAUGAUGAACAGUUUAAACAACUGAUGUUGAAAUUAGAUCCAUUUCAUACCAACAACAUUUCUUAUCAUCAGUUUCUGGAGCUGUUUGAAGAAACAGAUGAUUUGAAGGAAGGUCAUAAAUGGUUAAAAUCAACACAUAGAUUUAAUGAAAACACAAAACCUGUUGUAAUGGCAUGGGAAACAAUUGAAGAAAUAUUAAGAGAAAAAAUUACAGAGAAUUGGAAGAAUGUUAGUGGUGCAAUUAUGGACCAUGAUCAUAGAAGGGAAGGAAAAAUAGCUGCCUCUAAAAUGAAGAAAGUUAUAGAUUUAUAUGUACUUCCUGUAUCGGAUAGUCACUUUGAAAAUAUGUUAAGUAGAUGUAAAGACUGUGGAAAUGGAAAAGUAAAUUAUAUAGAAUUCCUGGAGAAUUUAAAAGUAGAUGUCCGUCCUGGUGAUCUUAUUGGUCUCAGCCAUCAAAUCACAAAUGGAUGUGACCAGCGGGAAAAUGAUCGACUUGGAGAACAAGUUAUAAGACAAUAUAAGAAUUCUAAGAGAGAAAGAGAUAGAACAGGAAUGAUGACCGCUGAUGAAGUCAUUAUUAGGUUAAAAGAUCGAAUGUCACAGCACACAAUACAGAUACGCCAGUCUUUCCUGCAAUUUGAUAAAAGUGGACGAGGAAAAGUUUUCAAACGACAUUUUAGAGAGGUUCUAGCUAGCUAUGGUAUGGUAAUGUCAGAUGAACAGUUUCAAGAGUUGACAAGAAUGUUGGGAUUUGAGAAUGGUUCCUUGUCGUACACUGAUUUUAUCCAAGCUUUUGAAGAUCCACGUAUACAAGGACCUGGAGAGGAUAUACAAAGAAGUGGAAACCAUCGAGUCAACCCAAUCCGUGGUGAUGAGGAAGGAAUGACUGCUGAUCAGGUGGAGGCUAAACUAAGACAAAAACUUAGAGAAAACUUUGCUAAUUUAAGAGCAGCAUUUUAUAAGUUUGAUGAUGAUCACAAUGGACUAAUAAACAAAAGAAAUUUCAGAAGAAUAUUAGACUCAUUUAUGUGCAUUAUGUCAGAAAGUGAAUUUGAAAUUUUAUGUAAAAAAUUAGGAAUCAGUAAAAAUACUAAGAUAUCAUAUGAAGAAUUUCUACAGAAAUUUGAGGUCAGAGAUACAGCAGAAGGUCAUAAAUGGCUCAACUCAGUUCACAGAUGGAAUGAAACACUGCCCACACCUGAAUUUACUGCAGAAAACGCCUUUGAAGCAUUACGAGAAAAAGUUCAUUUACAGUGGAGAGACAUAGCAAAGGCCUUUAUGUCUGUUGAUUCUAGUGGUAGAGGUAUAGUGACGAAAAGAGACCUCAGAGAGCUAUUAUUUAAAUUUGUUCUACCAAUGGGACCUGAGGAAUUCAAAAAGCUUUGGAAAAUGUAUGAUGAUUCAGGUAAAGGAUACAUCACACAUCAUGAUUUACUGGCAAAGAUGGGUGUGUCAGAACAUUUUACACCAUCUGAUGAUGUGGGUACCAGUACUAAAAUUAUUGAUGAUAGUAAACGAACUUUACUGGAUCAUAAUGAAACACAACUGAGGAAACAAGAGAGGAUAACUCUCCAUCAGGCUCAGAGAACUGCAUUUAUGCCUGCUGAACAAGUAGCUAGGCAGCUAAGGGACAAGAUUCGUGAUAAUUAUAAUGAUUUCUACUCAGCCUUCAGAAAGUAUGAUACAAAGAAAAAGGGUUCAUUAUCAGUCAGUGAAAUACAGCAAGUUCUCAAUGAUCACAACUUGUUUAUGAAUGAUGAAGAAUUCUUCAGAUUGAUGGACUCAAUUGGUUUGAGAACAAAUCGAAGUAGAUUGAAUUAUGAGGAAUUUUUACAUGCAUUUGAGGAUGGAAGGAAAUCCAGUUAUGGUAAUCGACCAACCAAAAUAGAUAUUGUAGAAAAUCAUGGUUUGUCGCCACAGGAUGCUGAAAACAGGGUCAGAGAAACCGUUGCUCAACAAACAGAUGUCUUAGGAAGGGCUUUUGGAUCCUUUGACAAGAACGGGUCAAAUCUGAUACCAGCAGAAGAUUUCAGAAGGAUUCUGGACAUAUUUGUAUUCAAAAUGACAAACCAGCAAUGGAAACAUCUGUUAUCAAAGUUACAAACCACAGAUAACAUGAUCAACUAUGCUUUAUUCCUGGACCAAUAUAACCAAACAGAACAAGAAGACACAGAAAAAUGGUUGGCGGCUCUUCAGAAAUCUAUCCGAGAUCAGACUCCAACUCUAUUAAUGAUAGAUGACCUCCAGGAUUGUAUCAGAGAGGCUGUUCAAGGUCAUUUCUACCUCCUUACACAAGCAUUUACAGAUGUGGACUAUGCUGGAAUUGGUGCUGUCACCAAAGAAGAUUUCAAAAACCUAUUCACUAAGAAUAUUAUGAGAACAUCUGAUGAACAGUUUGAAAAACUUUGGGGCAGUUUACCAAUAAAUGAUUUUGGAAAUCUAGAUUAUAAAGAAUUCUUACGAAGAUAUGCAGGAGAUAAACCAGAACUUAAACAAAGUGUGCAUAGACCAUCAUCAACCAUGCCUCGUGCUUGUCCCCCUAGUAGAGCAAUGAGUAGAUCAAUGACACAGCUUGAUUUUGGCCGAUCAGGAAGUAGAAUGCAGAUGUCUAGAGCUCGUUCUCGUCUAUCAACACCUAUGAUUAAUGCUGAAACAGCAGAAAAUAUACUAAAAAAUACUGUAUUUAGAAACUGGAAAAAUAUUCAGAGACAUUGUAGAAACCAAGAUCAACAAAAUACAGGAACAAUUAAAGUUGAACAACUAAGAGAUAUUUUGAUAGCUAAUGGUGUGGAUAUGCCAGAAGAAGAGUUUUUUGAUUUGAUGACUAAGUAUGACUUGAAAGAAAAUGGAACGUUUGCAUAUGUAGAAUUCUUACGCCAUUUCAUAUUAUCACUGAAACCAAAGGAAGAAACCAAUUUGAUGUCAAGAAGAAAACUGCCACCUACAAGGGCUUCGAUGUCAGCUGGCCACACAAGUAACAAUUUCUUUGAUGCAAUGAUACGUGUCAGGGACUGUGUCUUAGAGCACUGGAAGGAGAUGAGAAGAACAUUCAGAAAUGUGGAUAGUGGUAAUACAGGGAUAGUGGACUCAUUAGAAUUUAGACAAAUUUUACGUCAGUUUAAUGUUAAUCUUUCAGAGGAAGAAUUUUUCCAUCUUUUAUCUUACUAUGACAAAAAUUUGGACGGUAAAGUUAGUUACAAUGACUUUAUAAGGGCAUAUUUACAGCAUGCAUGAGAAAAUGUACCGACUACUAUUGUGUAAAAUGCAAUCAUGUUAUGUUUCGUCCAUUGUCCUUUAUAGGCAAGAAUUAUGAUUAGAAGUGUGUAACUUUUUGAAAGUGAUGAACGAAAUAUAGGAAUGAGAGAUUGUGAUAAUCCUUGGCAAAACAAUGAAGUGUCAAAAUGGCUUGGAAAAUUUCCCAGUCAUUUUAAUUGAAAUAUGCAAUAUUGAAGUCUCUAUAAUUGUGAUAAUUUUUUUUAAAGUGCUAUUCAUGGUUAAGUGUGCUAAGUUCUUGACAGUUGCUUUUGUAAGUUUAAGAUUUUCAAUUGUCACAUGUAAUAAACAAAAACUUCAUUCCAGUAUAAAUUGGGAUUGACAUUUGACCAUUUAAUACAGGUACUGAAAAUUUGAAUUUCAAUUAAGUGACCUAUUGUUUUCUCAGUAUCUUAAUACAUUAAAAACAUAGCCAAUGCAUUCUAAGAUCUACUCCUAUGCUAUUUCUUACCCAUAUCUAUUUAUGGUUAGCAUGAUGGUUACAUUGACAGUUUGAUUUCUGUGUCUGAGCAAGGGCAGCGGUUUACAUCUUCUCCUCUACAGGGUAUUUCUUCAUCCUUUUAUCCAUUGGCCCACUCGAAUGGAGGAAUACUGGCAUUUAAAUUGCACACACAUGUGUAGAACAGUAAUCAGUAGGAGGCAGUUUUGAAGAAUCAUGAAGAGAAAAUAUUAACAAUAAAAGUAAAUGCAAAAGAAGGUCCCUGUAGAGCCAGAUGUCCUUAAUCAUUUUAAAUUUCCAAUGGUUGAUCCAGAGGGAGGGGUUCUGGAGGUUUGAACUCCCCUUUUUCCUCGACGAUUAAUGCAUAAUGAAUAGGGACCCCUUUAUCCUGGGUUGGACCUCCAUUUGAAAAUGGCUUGAUCCAUCCCUGAUUUCACUCCCUGCUACCUGUCAUAAUUCAAUGUGUCACUAUGUGAUUACUGAAAAUUCUAAAUUCUUUGGCCUAUGGCAUUGACCUCUUACCCUAGAAAUUAUAAUUAUGCUAAUAUCAACCCCUUUAUAGUAUUGUGACUUCAGCAUUGAAAUUUUAACUAAUUUAGGUAUAUUUUUGUAUGUUCUUGUAAUACAUUGUGUUUUUUGUUGUAUGAUCAAACACAUGUUUAUCUUGCACCAAUCAUUUUAUUGCCUCAUCAUGUUAUCUGUGAUAAAUCUAUUGUUGAUUAUCUUCUGUACAUAUUUAUAUUACACUAUUUUAGAUAGUUUUAUUUUUUAUUACGGCUGUUAUAGUUCUACCGUUUUUUAUAUAUAUAAUUGAUCUUUUUGAACUAGUCUUUUUAGAAUCUCUAUUAUGGGGAGUAUAAGUUAUAUUUACAUUUAUGCAGGGUUUCUGGUUAUGCAAGGGUUUACACUGUAGAAUAUUGCUAAGAUUGUAGGGAACAGUUUACAUGGCGCCUUUAUCCAAAUGUCAAUAAUCCUUGAUUGAGAGAAUUGUGAUAACGAAAUUUUCAUUUUACACCAAUUUUAAAUCUAUAAAUCACACCUUUUUGUCACAGUCCUAAAUGUUGUCUGAAAAGUCAAAUCAAAGAAUUUAAUUUAUACUUUUGAGAUUGAAUAUUGUUAUAUUCUUAUACUGCCUUUCAUACACUUGCAUACAGAACUUAUUAUACUGUCAUUCUGUUUGUUUUUGCCUGUGAUAUAUGUACUAUUUCAUGUUUGUCAGUAUUAUUACAGUUGAAAAUAAAAGUUUUAACUGUUAAA